AUAAGCAUGCAUCUGACACACUCCACAUACAACUUCUCCCUCCACUCUCAGCGUCAGGUGUUGCAGUCAACUCUUAAACCAUGGCCAAGGAAAUGACUCUGCUGUGGGGCUCCGGCUCUCCCCCCUGCUGGAGGGUGAUGAUCGUUCUGGAGGAGAAGAACCUGAAGGGAUACAACCAGAAACUGCUCUCCUUUGAGAAAGGGGAGCACAAGUCAAGUCAAGUCAUGGAAAUUAACCCCAGGGGACAGCUUCCUGCCUUCAAACACAACAAUCAUGUCCUGAAUGAGUCCUACGCUGCCUGCUUUUACCUGGAGAGCCAGUACCAAUCCCAGGGCAACAAGCUGAUCCCUGAGUGCCCAGCUGAGAAGGCCAUGAUGUACCAGCGCAUGUUUGAGGCUAACACGCUCGGCCAGAAAAUGGCUGACGUUAUCUACUACAACUGGAAGGUCCCGGAGGCAGAGAGACACGACUCUGCUCUGAAGAGAAACAAGGAGGCCCUGACUGCUGAGAUCAAGCUGUGGGAGGGAUACAUGCAGAAGGCAUCAGGCCCUUUUGUGGCAGGAAAUAACUUUUCACUGGCGGAUGUGAUGGUUUUUCCAAGCGUCGCUUAUCUCUACCGCUUUGGGUUUUGUGAAGAGCGUUACCCUAAACUGGCAGCUUACUAUAACUCUCUGAAGGACAGAUCCAGCAUCAAAACCUCCUGGCCUCCGACCUGGCUGGAGAGCCCAGGACAGGACCUCCUGAAAGACAUUUGAGACUGAGAUUUGUCACCACUCCUUGCCUUGCACUUAUCUAGCUGGCUGCAUUUUUAGGAAAUGUGCAUUGCUCCUACUGUUGUUAUGCCUUUACAUAAUGUGCUUGACUUAAACUGUGGAUACUGUUGUUGUGCUUAUAACGAAAACAAUAAAAAAUUGAUUGUUGAAAGUU